CUUAUCUUAGUAAGAAAUGGAACUCGUGGUUUCGUUGGAGUUCAGCGGGGGCGCUGAGCUACUGUUUGACAAGGUUAAAAACCAUGAAGUGUCAUUGCCAGCCAGAGCGAACGGUCCUUGGACAAUUAAACAUCUUCUUGUUUGGAUCAAAGACAACUUGUUGAAAGAAAGACCUGAGCUUUUUGUUCAAGGGGACACAGUGCGGCCAGGGAUUUUAGUGUUGAUCAAUGAUGCAGAUUGGGAAUUGAUGGGUGAGCUGAAUUAUGAACUUAAGUCAAAGGACAGGAUAGUAUUUAUAUCCACUCUACAUGGAGGGUGAAUAGUAAAAAUGUCUUUAUGUUGGCAAGCUGAACCAGAAGAUUUGUGCUGAAAGGAGAAGAUAUGGGAGAAAAUUUUUGAAAACAAAAAUGAUGGAUUUAACCACCAGACUUUGGUCCUAUGGCAUGUCAAAAUUUGACAAUGUAUGAACUUGAAGCUGGACUUGAGCAGAAGGGAGGUGAUGUGGGAGAAAAUUCUUCCAGUCAUAAUAAUGGAUUCAGCCACCAACAUUUCACUAAAGUGUAGAAAAGGAUGAAUUCAGUAAUACCCAGAUUCCUAUAUGUCUCCAGUGUUUCUACACAGAAGGGUUGGAAGCUGGACAAAGAGUUUUCCCCUUCUUUGAUAGCUAGGACCCACGAGCAGAUACUGUUUGUCCUGAUCUCAUUGAGACCAUUUCCAGACCUAUUGUACUAAAUUUGGAUUUAUCUGUCUCCCAGGGGAUUCGUACUAAGCCGCUUAAGCUGAAAGCAAUUUAGCGAGAAACCCCUUGGAGAUAAAGAAAUAAAAAACAAACUGCCAAAAAUGGCUGUGCUGAGUGGCAUUAACAACUUUAUCUGCUGGUCAGAAUUUCAAUAAAAUCUAUAUUUCAUUU